CAGCUCCCUCCGGCAAAGUUAUGAGUGAUUAAAAAUAUCAAUUUUAAUUAAAAUAAAUAUAAGUGACCGUAAAAACAACAUAUUAAAUAAUUACUCUUAACGAAAAAUGUAUUCAAACAUAAUACUACAAAGGCAAUGGUCAAAGUUUGCGUGUUUGUGCCGUUACUCGUCGGUUGUGGAAGGUCAGCGAGUGCCCCAGACAACCUUCAGUGAUGGGAUAUCGCCUCCGCCUCGUAUUCCUAGAGGACCGACUGAUAUCCUACAAGCCUUGGCAGCCACUGUGGGGCCAGAUCCCACGGCUGCUCAUUACAAAUACCAUGACGACCCUUUCCUCAUCCCACUCUCAAACUACCGUAAGAGAGCCUAUGCAUUGUCAGCGGAGGCUGGUCGUAAAGCAGCAGCCUGGAUCCGGGACCAGCACUCAGACCUGUUUGCCACUCGCCAAUGGGACCCUCCGGGCAAGAUGACCACACCAUACUUCAAUGCCGAUCCGAGAAUAGAGGCCUUUUCACCAAAACCUAUUUACACAGAUGAAAGCAAGGUAACAGAGGAUGACCUAAGAUACACUAUAAAGAAUGCUCUUUUAGAAGAUUCAGUGAAAGUGUUCCAACUGCUCGGGGGAUCGGAGGCAGUGAGUGAGGAGCUCAAACUAGAGUUCUUGCAGCUACUCUGCUUCUGCAAUGAAAAGGAGCUGGACUCCACUGAGUGGUUGGAGGAGAGGUGGUUCUCUGCUAAUGCUAGAGAACGACAGGCUGCUACUUGGAGAUUGGGAGGCCUGGCGGACAAAAUUUUUACAUCAAUGGAACCCAAAAGCCCAGAAGCAUACUGUGCUAUCAUUCAAGGCAUGGCAAAAUACUAUCAGGCCGAAAGGGCUCACAUGUUAUACCAAGAAGCACUAGAAAAAGGUAUCCCGCUAUCCACCGACGUCUUCAAUUCCUUGUUGAGUUGCAUUGGCUUCCUCAAAGAGGGCGCUGCGCUCCGAAUGGACGCGCUGAAAGAUCUGCUGAGGCAAAUGGCUGAACAGGGUAUAUCUCCGAAUCAGCAGACCCUGAGCUCCUGCCUACGCUCCAUCUCCGUGUGGGGCGCCGGCAAGACGCUCCAACACCUGGCGCUGCAGGUCAUCGCAGAGUUCCAGAAACUGGACAUACAGCCUACCCUGUCUGCCUACUAUUACCUGCUGUGCCUGUUCUGCAAAGAACGUGGACCUCGUACCGAUAUACUGUCGCUGAUUCUGAACGACUUGGAAAAGAGGGAGAGUUUGGACGCCAAGGAAGCCACAGACACGCACUUCUUCAUUACGGCUAUGGGCGUGUGUAACGACCACUUGCAGGACAUAAAUUUGGCGGAAAGAGUUCACGCACUGCUGAUGAAGGGAGACAACUACAAACUAGUCGGUGACGCUUACAAAGAGAGCAUUUACUACAGACACUUCGUUACCGUCGCCUGCAGGCACGCACCAUUCGAGAGAACUACAGCGCUACUAGACACAUUGGUUCCUAACGUCUACGUCCCGGAGCCGUCCGUUAUGGAAGAGAUAAUAAAGACGUUAGAGGUGGGCGGCUCGGGCGGCCGGCUGGCGGGCGUGUGGUCGCAGCUCGUGGUGUUUGGGCUCGCCAAGCGCGCCAAGCUCGUCGAGCGCUUACUGGACGCCAUGGCCAGCUGCUACCACUACCAGGAAGACGACGUGAAGGCGCAGAUGCGAGCAGCGGCCGCGGACGUCAUCAAGUUCGGCAAGGUGGCCGAAGAGCAACAAGAGGGCAAGGAUAUGCGCUCGCCCGUACAGAAACUAUCAGCCACAGCGCUGAGCAACAUAAUCGAGAUGUGCUCGGACGUGCCGGACAAGUCGGACCCGAUGUGGGACGUAGUGCUGGACACAUUGGACGGCUUAAGACGUGAAGAAGCGACUGGCGUGCCGGCGCGGCCUGAAAUCUUCGCAGAGACAGCCAAGAAGGCUGCUGCUGUCGGAAAACCAGCCGUUGCUGCGACGGCGGUGACAUACCUCGCCGAGUGUGGUUUCGAAGAAGCAGCCACGGCGUCAGUGGAGGCGCUGACCGUGAUGCUGAACCGGCCAAAGGAAGAUGUAUUACAGCUUCUGCAGAGCCCCGAGAGCUUGUCCGCGCUGCACCCCGCCGCCGCCGCCGCGGCUGAGGCCUACCAUCUAGCUAAGACCGGAACACCAGUAAGAGAAAGGAAUGCACGCAGUUCGAGCUCGAGCUCCGAUAGCAGCGGCUCUUCGUCCGACGAAGAAUAACCUCUGGCGUUAAGGUAUUUAGAAUAUUUAGUCAUUAAGUAGUUUAUUCAAUAAAGUAUAUACUGUAUAAGUAGAUU